ACAAUGGCUGGAACAAGGAAGAGAAAGGCCGAAGACUCCCCCGUCGCUGCUCGCAAGGCGACCCGCACCGCUGCUACUGCUACCGCGCCUACCCGCUCUUCGUCGCGUCAAGCUCAGGCGAAGGUCGAGGCGGUGAAGCCCAAGCCUGUUGCGAAGCCCGCCUCUGAAAAGACUGCUUCCGCCAAGAAGGCCGCUGCUCCCAAGGCUCCUGCGAAGACGACUGAGCGCAAGAUCGCUAAGCCCGUCUCCAAGAAGGCUGCUGUUGCGAAGAAGGCCAAGUCCGCGCCCGCGCCCAAGGAGAUCGCGUCGCGUGCCAAGAAGGCCAAGGUUGAGGAAGAACCCGUGAAGCCCGCAAAGAAGCGUGCUGCGCCGGCCAAGAAGGCUGCUCCCGCGAAGAAAGGUGCUGAGCCUAAGUCCAAGGCCGCUACGAAGCCUGCCGCCUCCACGAAGAGGACCGCUGAAGAUGCCGAAAAACCUGCUCCCGAGAAGAAGGUCCGCAAGCCCGUUACUGGUCCCAAUGAGCUCCAGAAGCUUUCUACCGAUCCACUGAAUGUUUACGUCUUCGGUACCGGUGAUAUGUGCCAGCUUGGUCUUGGUCCUGCUGCGAAGGUCGUCAAGCGCCCCCGUCUCAACGCUAACCUUGGAAUCGACCAGGUCGGUGUCGUACGUCUUUCUGUUGGAGGAAUGCACUCUGCAGCUGUCACGAAGGAUGGCAAGGUUCUUACUUGGGGUGUUGGUGAUGCCGGAGCUCUUGGACGCGAAGUUGAGUGGGACGGUGGAGAACGUGAUGCGGAUGGAGAUGACGAGAACGAUGAUGUUGGCGAUAUGAACCCCUGCGAGAGUACUCCCGCUCCUUUCGAGAACGUUCCGGAGGACAUCAAGUUCGUUGAUGUUUCUUGUGGUGAUAACGUCACCGUGGCUAUCACGAAGGACGGUGAUCUCUGGAGUUGCGGCCAGUUCCGCUGUAAUGAAGGUGAACUUGGUUUCUCUGCUACCGAGAAGAAGGCUCGCUUCCCGGUCCUUCUGCCAGGCAUCACCGAUGUUGUUCAGGUUGCUUGCGGCACUGAUCACUUCAUUGCUAUCACUGUUCAAGGUCACGCCUACUCAUGGGGUAACGGCCAGCAGAUGCAGCUUGGUCGCAAGACUAAUGAGCGUAACCGCAUGAAGGGGUUGAGCCCUCGGCCCAUGGGUAACCCUCUCAAGAAGGUCAAGUUCAUCGGAGCCGGCUCUUACCACUCGUUCGCUGUCACGCAUGAUGGAAAGGUCUACGCUUGGGGGUUGAACCAAUUUGGUCAGUGUGGUGUUGAGGAUGCUGCGGGUGAGGACGAGUCUGUUCUCGCUACUCCUACCCGCGUACCCGAGCUUGAGAAAUAUGACUUGGUCCAGAUUACUGGUGGUGAGCACCACUCUGCCGCUGUUACCAGGGAGGGUGAUCUUUACACGUGGGGACGUAUCAACAACCACGCUCUCGGUAUUGAGAUCGAGGAUAUUCCGGUCCCGCCUGCAGUUGUGAUUGAUGGCCAAACCAUCCCCAAGUACCUUCCUAUUCCUACUAAGGUCGAGGACAUCCCACCAGUCGCCAAGAUCUUCUGUGGUUCCCAUCACAACGUCGCCAUCUGCAAGGAUGGCAGUGCCUGGUCUUGGGGGUACUCUGAGUCCUAUGCUGUCGGCCAGGGUAACACCGAGGAAGAUAUUGUCGUUCCCACCAAGAUCGAGAACACUGCCAUUAAGGAUGUGGAGCUUAUCAUGGCUGGUUGCGGUGCUGAGUUCAGUAUCAUGUGCGGUAAGCCCGCUGCUCUCGCGUCUGAGCCUGCCCAGACCAACGGAGAGGUCGUUGCCAACGGUACCACGGAGGAGGCUCCUGCUGCUACCACCGAGGAACCGACCAAGGUCGCCGUUGUCCUGAACGAGACCGUUGCGCAGAACGGCGAAGUUGUAGCAGUCGCUGAGGUCGAGACUACUGUCGUUGCUCCUCAGUCAUUCAUGGAGAAAGCAUGAUCAAGAAAGGAGGAGAGAGAAGAGCAUGAGAUGGGGCACGGCGGUACUUCGGAGGAAAGGCGUGUGAAUUAACAAAGGUUAUAUCUAUAGUGUUAUGUUGUUAGUCUAAUCAUAAGGAUCAUGUACUUACUGUGUAUUCCGC